CCAAGAACGGAUAUUAAUUGAUAUUACAAAUCAAGAAAAUAAUCGUAUUGUUCCAACUCAUAUUCAAAAAUUUAAUCAGGAGCUAUCUAAAUUAGAUAAUUAUACAAAAGAUAAAGAUGUUAAUAGUUUAUACGUAAAAGUUCUCACUUUUUUCGAAGAAAUUGGGCGAAGGUACAACCUGGAAAGUGUUGCAGAUGACUUUUCGUGCCUGUCCUUCGUUAUCGACUUUCAUGACCCAUAUGGAAAACUAGACAGUCUUUAUCGAAAAUACUUUGGAAUCAAUUAUAAGGACAUAGAAAUAUAUCAAUCAUGUGACAUUUUUCAUGUAAAUAAACAUUUAGAUAAGUACAUUAAAGAAUCAAUCGAAAAAGACCUAUUGGCUAUUCCUGAUGAUUAUGGGGGUUUGGAUGAAAUUUACUUUGAGUUGGCUGGUAAAAUAAUCGAAAAUUUGGGUGAAAGUAUUAACAAAACUACAAAAGGUGCAGAUUUAACACUAGAUUAUGAUACAAUAAAAAUCAAUACUAAAAGCACCAAAAAUCAACAAGGAAAAAAACCAGAAAUCACUGUGUAUUGGAGAGACGAACAUUUUGAAACAACAGUAUGCUUAGUAGAGGCGAGUUUUGGUCCUUUUGCAGAACCUGACAUGAUAAAACAAGAAGGAGAUAGACGUAAACUAAUUAAUUGCAUUAGAAGAUCUUCAGAAACAAUGUGGAAUUAUUUUGUGGAAAAGUGUAAUAAAUAUGUCAAUAAAGAGCAAAUAGAUCAAAUAAAGAACAUACAAAGGCCUUUGAUUCAUUUAUAUGAUACAAGCAUUUGUGUACUAUAUUAUGACGAAUCAUACUUUCCAAUAGGAAGGAUUAGACUACAUCGAGAAAUAAAAAUUCCAUAUAAUACAUUGGAAGUUAAUGUUGUCAAGGAAUUCAUUUGUUUAAUACUUUUAAUUUUUAAAAAUAUUCAAGAUUCUAAUAAGUUAUUUAAGUCAGUGAUGGAAAACAUUGGUAAAAAUCAGAUGCAUGGGAAGAGAACAGAUCCAAUUUCUUCUUUAACUUCUCAUUAUCCUUCAAAGGGAUCAUCUCCUAGGCAAUCUAAAAAACAAAGGACAACAAAAUGA